AGCAAAAACAUUCGGAUGUUGAGUUGUUUUAUGCUUAGGGCUGUAUUAUAAAAAAUCUAGAUUCCAAUUUAGUGUUUUGUUUUUGUAGUUUGUAAUUAAUGUAAAUUUUGUUAAUUGAUUUAUUGAUUUUGUGUAUUGUUGAAGCCAGUGCUAUAGUGACGUUCUCAAAAGGUGUUUGUGAUACUUGAUUUGAAUUAGAUGUAAAUUAAAUCAAUUGCGAGGUAAAUUGACAAUGCACAAAAACAAUCAUAAUGAUUAUGGAAGCGGCAAAGAGGCACCCGUUGAAUUGGAAAGUCAGUUUAUUAUGCGCUUGCCUCCUGACCCUGCAAAAGUUCUGAGGGAGACAUUACGUAAUGGCUUAUCACUGAAAGAUCGGCUGACCAUAAAGUUAGAGAAUGAUAUGCGCUAUGGAGAAGUUAGGAUUGAUAACACUUUACUACAUGCUAGGGUAUUUGACUUGCCAACAAUUGUUGAGUCACUGAAAACAAUAGACAAUAAAAGUUUUUAUAAAACUGCAGAUAUUUGUCAACUGCUUUUAUGUAAAGAAGAAGAUGAUCAAACUACUACAGAUGAAGAUUCCCCAUUGAAGCAGAAAAAGAAGGAUCCAAUUAAAGUUGAUAAGAAGUACCUUUGGCCACAUGGUAUAACACCACCAACAAAAAAUGUCAGAAAGAAGAGGUUCAGGAAAACACUCAAAAAAAAGUAUGUAGAGGCACCAGAGAUAGAAAAGGAAGUAAAGCGAUUAUUGAGAGUCGAUAAUGAAGCUGUAAAUGUAAAAUGGGAAGUAAUUUGUGAAGAUGAGGAUGUAACAAAGCCAAAUAUUGUAUCGUCAAGUGGGACUGUUAAAGGCAAGAUGGAACCUAUUAAUGAAACUUCACAAAGUGUUGAUGUUGCUGAGCAUGAUAUAUUUGGAGAAGCUGUUAGUGAUAGUGAAGAAGAUGAUGAAGAAACACAAAUUAACGUAAUGGACUUGGAUGAAAGCAGUCGCUUGUCUGUAGAUAGUAGGGUUUCUGAUUCCAAUUCAAUGCAAGUGAAGUAUUCUGGACAAUUAUCAGGUGUACCAUCAACUAGCGCUUCAGUUAUGGAACAGUUUAAAGAAUCUUGGCUUACUGCGAUAAUCGGAUUAAUAUUAUUGGCUACAGGAAUGUACUUGUUUGUUUGGAAUGAGGGUAGAGCUGUGAAAAUGGCAUAUUCUUUGGAUGAAGCAUUGAAUAAUAUUGCUGUUAUUCAAAAUACUAUGAAGCCUAUACCCGAGUUCGAAAAUAGAUUAAUUUACAUUUCUGGACCACUGAAAGUAUCUGAACCACUGACUGAGCCUGAUUAUGGAGUGAUUGUGGCUUGUGUGAAGUUAAAGAGAAGAGCUCAAAUGUAUCAGUGGGUAGAGAUUGAAGAAGACAGAAGUUACCCUGGAUCUUUAGAGGAAGAUAAACAUUAUUAUUAUACCACUGAAUGGAAAGACAAAUUGAUUGAUUCUAAUGACUUCUACAUUAAAUUUGGUCAUGAAAAUCCAACUGAAAUGCCAGUCAAGAGCCAAACUCAAAUAUCAGAAGAUGUACGAAUAGGUGACUUUGCUUUAGGUAUGGAGUUGAAAAAAAAGUUCAAUGAUUUUGUAGAAGUCACAAGUGAUGAGAGACCAGAACGUCGAGAUAUUAAAAUGCAUUCAGGUCUCUAUUACCAUAAUUCUGAUCUUUGGGAUCCAAAAGUAGGUGACGUAAGAGUGCAGGUAUCUUAUGCAGGGAAAGGGGGAGAUAUUUAUACAGUAGUUGGAAAAUUAGUGAAUGGCGAAAUUGAGCCUUAUAUUACAACUCAUGGACAAGCUAUUCUUCUUUUGAGGAAACAUUCAGUUUCUGUUGAUCAAAUGUUUCAUCUUGAACAUGUUGACAAUUAUUGGAGAACUUGGACAAUUAGAGCAUUGGGUUGGCUAGUAAUGUUUCUGGCAGCAACCUGCUUGGCUAACAUACUGAAAACUAUUAUUCUGAACUCAAAUAUUUUAUGUGGAAUAAUAGCAAUAGAAUCUCUCACGAUGUCUGUGUCUAUGUCAAUUAGCCUUCUGAUCAUUGGUUUUGCAUGGGUUUGGUAUCGGCCAGUUGUUGGUUUAGGAUUGGCCUUAGCAUCAAUUUUACCAUUUAUUUACUCUACUAUGGGCUCCAAUUCAUCAGCAAAUCCUGGACAGCAGCAACGAGAUUACAGAAGACUUUAGUAUACAUAGACUUAUUCAAAACAGUACCUUACUUAAGAUCGAGAAACAUACAUUUUUCUAAACAUUAUCGCAUCAUUUGUUUAUAGAUAUUUUGUUAGAUAUUUGUUUUGAAUUUCUAUAUCGAAUUUUGAUACCAUCUAUUAAAUAUUGCACAUCAAGAUUAUCUAAACACACCAAUUAAAUAUUCAAUUUAUAUAAUUUUUUAUAAACAAUUUUCCAUUGUACAAUAUUUAAAAUGCAAUAAAAUAUUGAAACAAAUGUAUUGGAAAAC